UGUGCUGAGAGUGUCUGAUGGCUCAGCGAAUGGUGUUUUGCAUUCUGAAUCAGCCGUCAUCAGCGCUCCAUGCCGUCGUUUCAUCAAUAAUGAAAUCUCAGCUGCCUGGCCCACUGGUGACCGGUUCAUUUGACUGCCCUCAUCAUCAUCACUUCUUAACACGGCCUCUUGGAACAUCUAUGUGUGAGCAGAAUGAUUUACCUUCCAAAAUCAGUGCCGGGAACUCUGUGCCUGUAUAUUUCAAAGAGUGCUGUAUCAUCUGAUCCAUUUCAUCCAUUUCAACAAACAAAAAGGAGGCCCCUGUCUGCGCCUGGACUUCUUUGAUGAGACGCUGUUGUGUCUGGCUUAUGAGGAUCAGAAAGCAGCCCAGAGCCUCUGCCAGGCAAACGUCUGCGUGCCGUGUGAAACCGGAAUUGCUCAUUUGGAGAACAGAGAGGCCGACUCGUUCACACACGCAUACUGAGAUAGAUGCAGCGUACCCAGGCAUGUGUCGUGCCUUUAUGAGCAAGAAACUGAAAGAAGAGAAGAGCCUCCACAUUAUUUAUCUUUAUUUUAUUGGGUCAGCAGAGACGGCUAAGACGGAUGGAGAGGUAGAAAGAGAGCAGGAGGGAAAGAAGAGCGCACACAUGUGCGGGGAGAAGGCUGAGCGUUCACUCAUGACUCAUGAGUAGCAGCAUCACACCCACCCCUUCCCUCUCCGGAGAACCACGCGUCGUCUUCACAAGGAAAACAGAGGAAGGGAGCAAAGAGAGUUGGCCCGCACGACUCGGGUGAUGUCACGAGCAUGUGACCCUGCUUCUCCAGUGACAGUGUUCUGAGGGAAUGAAAAAAGAUUUUUUAAAGGCUCGUGCCUCUUUGGGUUUGUGUGAAGGCUCCGCUCACAUCCCGAGCAACCACAGAACCGCAGAAAAGUUCGUCUCUGGAUUUUUGCAUGGGGCGUAAAUGGUUAAUUGUCACCGGUCAACUUCAGGUUUGAGGACCGCACCAACCAAGGCGUCAAGGGUCACCCAAAAAACCACAGAGAAGCGAAAUUUGGGACCGACGGUGGCGACCAUGGCAUCCAACAGCCUCUUUAGUUCUAUGACCCCGUGUCAGCAGAACUUCUUCUGGGAUCCCAGCGUCGGCCGGAGGUUCAGUCCGCCGGUGUCGGUGAAGAUGAAUGAUGUGAACACGAGCGCAGGACAGCAGCAGCAGCAGCAUCAGGACAGCGCGGUGGUGCCGAGACUCCGCGCGCAAGAGAACCGCUCCAUGGCCGAGAUCAUCGCCGACCACCCCGCUGAACUGGUCCGGACCGACAGUCCAAACUUUCUCUGCUCGGUCUUGCCUUCUCAUUGGAGGUGUAAUAAAACCCUACCGGUUGCGUUUAAGGUGGUGGCCCUGGGAGAGGUGGCUGAUGGGACGGUGGUCACAGUGAUGGCUGGGAAUGAUGAGAAUUAUUCAGCUGAGCUCAGGAAUGCCUCAGGAGUUAUGAAAAACCAGGUGGCCCGCUUUAACGACCUCCGCUUUGUGGGCCGAAGCGGAAGAGGGAAGAGCUUCACCCUGACGAUUACAGUAUUCACAAACCCACCGCAAGUGGCCACUUACCACAGAGCCAUUAAGGUCACGGUGGACGGACCGCGGGAGCCCAGGAGGCGCUAUCAGAGUUCCCCUGAAACCCUCCACCUCCCCCAGCUCCACCUGCCUAGAUCUGCUAUGGAUUUAUGGCACAGGCCGAAACUGGAUGACUCUCCGAAGGCCGGACUGUUUUCAGACCGUCUCAGUGAACUCGAGCGUAUCCGGCAGACCACCAUGAGGGUUACCGUGCCAACACAAACACCACGGCCCUCGCUUAGCAGCCCCAACUCCUUCACACCUCAGGGCCAGACGCAGAUCACAGAUCCACGCCAGGCUCAAUCUUCCCCACCUUGGUCAUACGACCAGACAUACCCGUCGUACCUGAGUCCCAUGGCCUCCCCGUCUGUGCACUCCACCACUCCGCUGUCGUCCAGCCGGGCCACAGGGCUGCCCUCCAUCAGCGAUGUGCCCAGACGCCUUCCAGGUUCGACAGAUUUGAGUCCUUUUCCUGGCCAGUUUGAACGUCAGUUUCCCGGUUUCUCCUCGCUCACCGAGAGCCGGUUCUCCAGUCCCAGAAUGCACUACCCGACGACCUUCACGUACACGCCCACCCCGGUCACCACGGGAAUGUCUCUCGGGAGCGCUCAUUACCACACUUACCUUCCGCCACCGUACCCCGGCUCCACGCAGAGCCAAAGCGGACCCUUCCAGAGCAGCAGCACUCCGUAUCUCUACUACGGGGCCUCCUCUGGCUCCUACCAGUUCUCCAUGGUUCCAGGAGGGGACCGAUCGCCCACCCGCAUGAUGCCGCCUUGUACUAGCGCAUCCACGGGAACCAGCCUGGUCAAUCCCAACCUCCCGGUCCAGGCUGAUGGAGGCGGGGGGGUGGAGGGGGACGGUAGUCAUAGCAACUCCCCCACUAUGCUCAAUCCUGCUGGUAGAAUGGACGAAGGCGUGUGGCGGCCAUAUUGACCGUAUGACAACGACGUGAGCGUCAAGCGGUUUUAAAGCACAAACCUUACUAGGAUCUCGCUGAGCUACUUUCCCUGGCUGACACGAGUAUUUAUGAGCCUGUUGAAAGGGAAGUAUUUUUUUACACUACAUUGAACUUUGUUGUUGUAAUACAUUGUUCUGGACUUUUUGACCUCUGGGAAAUCAUUGUCAUAGGCAGGAGGAUUUCGAAUUGAAGGAAUAGAGAUGGGCCGAGUAUUUCAUUAGCGUCAUGUUAUUACUUACUUGUCUUGGCAUGUUUUUAAUAUAUCAUUUUAAAGCACUGAACAACAUCUGUCUGACAGUUUGUGAUCAAAAUCUCUUUGUUGUGCUUUUUUAACUUAAGUUAUACGUAUUUGAUAAAAAAGGAUUUAAAGUAACUUAUGAAGCCAUAGAUGAAUUAAUGUAUUUGGAACAUAGGGGGAAUAUUUUUGUAAAGCAUCUAUGUUUAAUUAAUGCAACUAAUUUAGGGUAAUUUAAAUUCAUGUGCCUUAAUGGAUCACACAGAGUUGUAUGUUUAAGUCUAAUGCGUUUAAAACGAAAUGGGGUCUCUGUGUUUAAGUACACUACAUUUUGUAUUGCUUGGUACCAAAUGAUCUUUCGCUGUUCGAAAGCUAUUAACCAAAGAAACAGCCAUGGAUGCUCAAAAGUGUUUGCCAAUGUGCUAGAUCAAGCUUUCUUUCAGUAACGUGCAUGUGCUGGGAUAAUUUAUUUAGCUUUUAUGUUGCUUCGUCAAGGGAAUAUUGAAGGUUAUAUUCUUUUCCCGAUAACUGGAGUGGUUCAUAUGCCCGAAAAAGAUGGGUAGUACACUUAUGGCACUAUAUUACCCAUUGCAAAUGCAGCUAGAUAUUUUUUUUUUUUUUUCAUUAUUAUUAUUUGCUAUGAAUUUGCUAAAUUUACACUACCAUUCAAAGCUUGGGUUCAGUAAGUUUUUUCUAAGAUAUUAAUACUUUUAUUCAGCAAGGAGGCAUUCAAUUGAUCAAAAAUGACGGUAAAGACUAUUAAUAAUGGUGCAAAAGAUUUCGAAUUCAAACAAAUGCUGUUCUUUUCUUUGAAAAAAAAAUCUGGUUAAUGAAAUGAAUCAUGGUUUCCACAAAAAAAAAAAAUAUUAAGCAGUUUUCAACAUUGAUAUUCAUAAGAACUCUUUCUUGAGUAGCAAAUCAGCACAUUAUAACAAAGACUUUAGGGCCUGGUUUCACAGACAGGGUUUAGAUUAAACCAGGAUUAGGUCUUAGUUCAAUCAGCUUUUUAUGAACGUGCCUUAAAAAAACAUUAUUGGUGUGCAUUUUAAGACAAAACAAUGGUACUUACAUAUUUUAAGAUAUGUCAGUGCAAGUUGCUUUCAGUUAAAACAGCUCAAAUGUGAUUUUUAGUCUGAGACUAGACUUAAGCCUUGUCUGUGGAACCGGGUGUAAAUAUAAAAAGAAGGUGCACUCAUGGUACUAUGGGAGAAAGUGCAAAGCACAAUACACUGUAAAAAAAUAUUGUUUGUUUAACUUAAAAAAUUAAGUAACCUCAAAAUAAUAAG